AUGUCAAAUAUUAAUGGAAAAUUUAGCAAUAAUCUUACUUUUAAAGAUUUUUCACUGGAAACAAGGAAUACUGCACUUCGCUUAUCUAAUAUUUUUGUUAUUGAAUCAAUUGAAGACGUUCCUGAUAUUGGCAGUUUUCAUUAUGUUAUCCGAUAUCCUAAUCAGCCUAUUAAAUAUUUUUUUCUCACUUCGUUCUUAACAUUUGAUCAACUAGCAGACUCGUGGAUCUGCAAAUAUUCUCAACAUGCAACAUUAGAUUCAGGCUUUCCUAUUUUAUAUUCCUACUUCAUUACUAAUGAGGUGGAUACAGUCACAUUAUCAACAAUUGAAUGGUUUAGUUCCUACAAAUGUCAGGGACCUUAUUUAAAUAAACUUAACACAUUUAACAAGAAAACAAUGAAGUGGAGUUCAAAUCUCAAAAACUAUGAGAAAUUCUUAAAUUAUCACGGAUGUGAAUUAGUGUUUAUGCUUCCAGCAGUAUCGGAAGAAGGUAUCAAUUAUCAUCCGUCAGGAUAUUCAGUAUUGUAUGAAGAAUCUUCAGAAGUAAAAGUUUUAAUAUCUGGAAUAUCGCCAAUUAUUUUUGAAAUUUCAUCAAUGCAUCAUAACUUUACAGCAAGUUAUCAGCCAGUUAUAAUGGAUUUUGAAUUUUUCACUAAUUAUUUAACGCAACCAAUCACACGGAUACCUAUUAAAGACAUUAUAAAGGAACCCGAUGUUUAUUUCGAAAUUAUGAGCUUCAACUAUGCAUACCAUCAAAAUGUUCUAUAUUCUCAUGUUAUUUUAAACCUUAAUGUUCGAAUGUUUGUCACACCCGGUGAAAAAUACACAGCAUAUGAGAAAUUGUUCUUGCCAUUUGAUCUUGAAACUUGGAUUUUUUUAAUUGCUACUUUUGUUAUGACAUUUUUAUCAAUUUUCAUCGUCAAUCGAUUGUCAAAAUCAACACAAAAUUUAAUUUAUGGCAACAAAGUUGAGACACCAAUUUGGAAUGUCGUGAGAAUAUUUUUUGGAAUUUCUCAAACGAAAUUGCCUAAUAAGAACUUUCCACGGUUCAUUCUGAUCAUGUUCAUCUACUUCUGCUUGAUAUUUCGGACUUGUUUUCAAAGUAAAUUCUUUGAGUUCAUGACCAGUGAGCCAAGACAACCACCACCAAGAACUUUUGAAGACUUGAUUAAAAGAAUGUAUAAAGUCUAUUCAACAGUUGGAAAUGUUGCAUAUUUUACCAAAGAAAUGGAGUCUGACAGAAAUCAUCAAUCUAAAAAUCAAACAUCGCAACUUCAAGAGGAUAUUAUAACUGAUUUUAUGUCAAAAAUCGAAGCUAAAACAAGCUUUUAUUUAAAAUUUUAUGAUUUUUCGGUUAAGAGAAAGAAUUCUUCACUAAAUCUAUCAAAUAUUUUUGUUCUUAGGUCUUUAGAAGACAUUUUGUAUAUUGACGAAACUUAUAACAUCGUUCGAUAUUCAAAUCAAGCAAUUAAAUAUUUUGUUCUGGUUCCAUUUUUCACAUUAGACCAGCUUAAAGCAUCAUGGAUAAUUAGGUAUAAAAAAGAAAUCACAGUAAAUUCUCGCUCAAUUCUUAUUUAUUCAUACUUCAUAACAAAUGAGAUUGAUACAGUCACACUUUCCACCAUUGAAUGGUUCAGCCCUUAUAGAUGUAAUGCUCCAUACUUAAGUACACUUAACAUAUUUAACAAAGAGUUUAUGGAAUGGUCAACAAAACUUAUAAAUUAUGAAAAGUUCUUGAAUUAUCAUGGAUGUGAAUUAGUCAUGAUGCUGCCAGCAAUUGAAUAUAUAAAUUAUUACGCUAGUGGAUAUAUUUUAGUAAAUCGUGUUACUCAAAAAUUGACAGCUAAUGGAAUAUCACCUGCUAUUUUUCGCAUUUCUGCAAAAUUUAAUAAUUUUAUUCCAAUAUUCCAACCAGUUUCAAUGGAAGAUGGAUUUGACUUUUAUUCGUCUGAAAAUGUUGAAUUUGUUGAUAGCAUUGAUAAUAUGAAAAUUCCGAAUGUUUAUUUUGAAGUCAUGAGUUUAAAUUAUGCAAAUAGUGAUCAACAUAAAAUGUCAGAUGUCAUUGAGAACUUAAACAUUGGGAUAGUUUUUACUCCUGCUGAAAAAUAUACACCAUAUGAAAAGUUUAUGCUUCCAUUUGACUUAGAGACAUGGAUUUUUUUGACAAUUACUUUUAUUUUUACAAUUCUGUCAAUAAUUGUUGUAAAUCAUCUGUCGAAGUCCGCUCAAUCGCUUGUCUAUGGACACAAAGUUGAUACGCCUAUUUGGAAUGUUGUCAGCAUCUUCUUUGGAAUUUCUCAGACAAAAUUGCCAAAUAAGAACUUUCCAAGUAAAUUCUUUGAGUUUUUGACUAGUGAGCCGAGACGAGAUCCACCAAAAACAAUUGAAGAUCUUAUUAAUAGAAAGUAUAAAACAUUUGCAACAAAAGCAAACCUUAAAUUUUAUCGCACUGAAGAUCCAUUGUAUCAACGUAAAAUUUCACAAUUAAAUCAGGACAUCCUAAAUGACUUUAUGUCAAACAUCAAUGAGAAAUUUAACUAUUUUCUUACAUUCGAUGAGAUGAAGGGAAUCCAGUGUCCAUUAACUUUAUCAAAUAUUUUUGCAAUUAGAUCAUUGGAAGAUCUUGUUUCUAUAACCUUAAUCAAUUAUGUAGUUCGAUAUCCAAAUCAGCCAAUAAAAUAUUUCAUCCUCACUCCAUUCUUCACUUUUGAGCAACUCAAAUCAUCAUGGAUAAUUAGAAAUGAUGAAGAUGUCGAUGUUUAUUCAGGAACAUUAAUUUUUUAUUCGUAUUUCAUAACAAAUGAGGUUGAUACAGUCACAUUAUCAUCUUUUGAACUGUUCAGUUCAUUUGGAUGUAAGCGUCCGUAUUUAAAGAAAUUAAAUACAUUCAACAAGUCGUCAUUAAAAUGGACGAAAAUACUGAAAAAUUACGAAAAAUUCUUAAAUUUUCAUGAAUGUGAAUUGGUUUUUAUGCUCCCGGCAGUCAAUUGGGAUGGAUCGAAUUAUCAUUUUUCUGGAUAUUCAUUAGUAAAAAUCGAUAACUCAGGAUUUGAUGUUCGUGGAAUUGCUCCAGCACUUUUUGAAAUAUCAUCAAAAAUUCAUAAUUUUAAGCCAAAUUAUCAACCAGUUGCAAUGAAUUAUGGAUUUUUUGAAACUUAUUUAAAUCAGUCGAUUGAAAUGAUUUAUAUUAAUGACAUUGCAAAAUUUCCUGAUGUAUAUUUUGAAGCCAUGAGUUUACAUUAUGCAGCAAAACUACAUAUCUUAUCAUCUCAUGUUUUUGAGAACACUCAGAUCCGAAUCUUUGUCACUCCAGCUGAAAUAUACACGCCAUACGAAAAAUUCUUCCUUCCGUUUGACUCAGAAACUUGGAUCCUUUUAACAUUUACAUUUGCAUUGACAUUUUUAUCAAUUUUUAUCGUCAAUCGACUGUCAAAGUCAGCUCGAAAUAUUGUUUAUGGACACAAAGUUGAUACACCGAUAUGGAAUGUAAUUAGCAUCUUUUUCGGAAUUUCACAGACACGAUUGCCGAGCAAAAAUUUCCCAAGAUUUAUUCUCAUCAUGUUCAUUUACUUCUGUUUGAUUUUUCGAACGUGUUUUCAAAGUAAAUUCUUUGAGUUUAUGACGAGUGAGCCUAGACAAGCCCCACCUAGGACAGUAGAUGAUGUAAUAAUAAGAAAUUAUAGUAUAAUUUCUACAAUUGGAAAUGCAGAAUUUUAUAGCAUAGAAGCUGCAACAGAUGAUAAAAGGGGUGAUCUAAUCUAUCUUUAUUUUAAAAUAGUUGAUCCAAAAAGCUUUAAAGAUUUAUUUUUGACACAAUCUCAAAAUGUUUCCGCCAAACUUGCCCUUUGUGUCGAUGAAUUGUUUCAAAAUAUAAUUGAAAAAGAUUCGAAGCGAAAUUAUGAUUGGAAUCAGCUCAAAAACUUUGCUUUAUACACAACACAUGAAGUUUUCGUCUACAGAAGUCACAGCUAUUUCUUGCGAAUGAUUGAUACUCUCAUUAAUGACUUAAUUCCAACUGGAAUAAUGAAAUAUUUAGUCGAAAAUCAUUUUAAUAAGAAAUGGAAAUUUGAGAUGGUCGAUGAAGGUCCAAAAGUUUUGAACCUUGACAAUCUCUUUUUUGGCUUCAACAUCUGGUUAGGAUGUUGUUUAAUAUCUUUUAUGUCCUUAAUAAUUGAAUUAGUUGUUGGAUUAAUAAUUCCAGUAAGAUAUGAAUAUGAAAAAAGUAGAAAAAUUAAAUUUAAGAAGGUCUCUCCAAUGCCAUUAGAUAAUAUCGAAGUUCACAUGCGUCCCAUCAAGUUGAGAUCUGAAUUGAUCAAAAUAUUUAGAAUACAGUCAUUAAAAGAUGAAAAUUUUCACAUUUCAUUGUUGAUUGGAGAUAUUAUUGAACAAGUAUCGACACUCAGAUCUGAAAUAUAG